AUGCUUUACAUCAACGGUACUAUUAUCACAAUGAACGCCAAGCGCGAAAUUAUUCGCGAUGGUGCCAUUUUGGUUCAGGGCAACCGCUUCGUCAAGGUUGGCAAGACAAAGGCUCUCCGAGAAGAGUACCCUGAGGAAUCUACUUACGACUUAGAGAACCGUGCUGUUAUCCCUGGUCUCAUUGACACUCAUGUCCAUCUUGCUCAAGCCCUUCUCCGUGGUUCCGGUGAUGAUGUGGAGCUUAUCCAAUGGCUUUGCGAAACCGUUUGGGUCUUGCAGGGUCAAAUGACCCACGAGGAAUCCUACGCCAGUGCUCGCCUCUGCAUUGCUGAGAUGCUCAAGUCCGGCACCACCUGUUUCUUGGAAGCCAUGUUGGCUGAUCGUUAUGGUUUCGAUGGUAUUGCUAAGGCCGUCACUGAAUCCGGUAUUCGUGGCUGCAUCGGCAAAAUCGUCAUGGACGUCGGCAAGUAUGCCUCCCAGUCUGCAUGGUCUAUGCACCCCGGUCUUGUCGAAACUCGCGAACAGAGUUUGCUUGGUGCCUUGGACAUGCACAAAAAAUGGCACGGAAAGGCCAACGAUCGCCUUCAUGUUUGGUUCGGUGCCCGCACUCCCCCAGGUGUCAGCGUGGAGCUGUUGAAGGAAAUGACCCAAUUCUCUCGCGAGCGCAAUAUUCGUAUCACUAUGCACUGCGCUGAAGUGAAGGCUGACCAGGACCACUACCGUCAAAACCACGACAUGACUCCCAGUGAGUUCUGUGACCAUGUCGGACUCUUGGGUGAUCAAACUGUGCUUGUGCACAUGGUCUGGCUGGAUGACCGAGACUUUAAGCUCUUGGCAAAGACCGGCACUCACGUUUCUCACUGUCCUGCAUCCAACUCCAAGCUUGCUUCCGGUGUGUCCCCCGUUCCUGCUAUGCUCGAUGCCGGUGUCAAUGUUAGUCUGGGCUGUGACGGCGGUCCAUCCAACAACUGCUAUGACUUGAUCCAGGAGAUGAAGCUGGCUGCUCUGAUCCACAAGGCGGUUUCCUGCGAUCCUGUGACCAUGUCUGCUGAAACUGUUCUCGAGAUGGCCACCAUCAAUGGUGCCCGCGCUGUUGGUCUUGAGAAGGAAAUUGGUUCCAUUGAGGAGGGCAAGAAGGCUGAUUUCGUGGUCCUUGAUUUCGAAAGCGGUCUUGGCACGACUCCUAAUCCUAACCCUGUUUCGACUCUGGUCUAUGCUGCCACUGGUGGUAGUGUGUACACUGUUGUUAUCGACGGUGAACUUGUAGUCGAAAAGCGCAAGUUGCUCACCAUGGAUGAAGAGGAGAUUUUGCGCGAAGCUCGCAAGAAUGCCGAUACCUUGUAUGCCCGUGCCGGUGUGAAGGGUCAACCCAAGUGGCCCGUUGUCUAA